AAUAUGAAAUUGAUUUAUGACACGGCAACGCGGAAAACCAAAAGUCCACCCGGUGUUGAGAUCUUUGUUCCCGAAUGGGGACGAACCGAACCAAUAGAAUGGGUUGAUACAACACCAAUACU